UCCUAAUAAGACAAUCAUAUAAAUUGCAUUUGAAUCUAUAAUUGAAAAAUUUAAAAAUUGUUUUGCCUAAAAUAAUAAUUAAAGAUAGCUUAUAAGAUCUACAAGUAUAACAGCACCUUCUCCUUUUUAAGAAUUUUCCAUAAGUUGUUAAGAAGUUCCAGAUCCAAAUGAUAUAGUAUGGCUAAAUUUAGUUGGUGAAAGUAGAGGAUUAAAUUUUUUUAGAUAAAUUUUGAUUAGUAUUAUUUUUAUUUUCCUUUUUAUUUUCUUAUCUACUCCUGCUGCUAUUUUUACUAUUUUAUAAAAAUAUAUAAAUAUAAAUAUUGUUUUUUAAUGGGUUUAAAAUAUUCCAUAGCCUUUUGGACCUGUUUUAGUAGUUUAUAUUCCUGCUCUCAUUGUUGUUUUAUUAAAUUAAGUUGUUUAAUUAUUUAUUGAUUUAGUUAGUAUUUUUUUCAUUUUCUAUAUUUUAUAAAUGUUUUUCUUAAAAAAAGCUUAAUUCUAAAAAUUUCAAAGACAUUCUACUUUUUAGAUUAGUAUUUUUAGGAAAUAUUAUGUUUAUUUAUUAUUUAAUGUAAUUAUUGUACCAUGUUUUUUUAUGGCUUCUAAUGCACCUGUUUAUUAGAUUAUUACUGGAAAAGUAUAAAUAUAACUAUAAGAAGCUUUAAAAAGAAUUUAUACAGCACAUAAUGGAUUAGUUUUUGCAACUAUUAUUGCAUAAAGUGGUUCUUUAACAGUAUUUGUUUAUAUAAAUAGAAUGGGAGACAUCUUUACAAAUUAUAUGAGCACUUAUUUAGCAUACAAUAGGAGGAUUUAUUAGAAUGAUGGAAAAAGUUAUUUAAGAAACACUGAUUCAGUAUUUCAAUAUGGUUAUUUUAUUUCUUAAAUGUUAAUAAUUUUAUCAAUAGUAUUUUGUUUUAUGCUUACAUCCAUGUGGAUUGUUAUUUCUGGUUUAUUUUACUUUAUUGUUAAGCAUUUUCUUGAUUCUUAUUUGCUUUUAAUUGUUCAUUAAAGAGAAUUAGAAAGCUCAGGCCAUUAA